CUUGCACACUCACACGCACCGCUAAAUUCCCCUCCUUCCUGGGACGCUGCGAGAUCCGCCUGCGCUGUUGACGACGGCGCCUGCCUCCUCGCGGCGCGCGAAGGAUGGACCAGUUUGGCUCCCAAAUGCGGUCGUUCGCGAACUCCAACGGCGAGCCCGCCGCCCAGCAGCGACAAUCAAAUCCACCCGCAAACGCGAAGCCUGCAGCAGAAGCUCCCCCAAAGCAACACCACAAUGGCUGCGCCGACGUCAAGCCCCGCCUUACCAAGGAGCAGCACGACAUCCUCGAAGCCCACUUCCAGCAACAGCACAAGCCCAGCACCAGCGUCAAGAAGGGCUUCGCCGAGAGCCUCGGCGUACCCAUCGAUAAAAUCAACAAUUGGUUUCAGAACCGUCGCGCAAAGGUCAAGCAGGACCUGAAGAAGCAGCUGAACCAGUACAACAUGGGCAUGGGUAUCUACGGCCCGCCCCAGAUACCUAUCGUGACGUCCCGGUUUCCUCCUCACACAGAGCAGCACCAGCAACAGCACCACCAGCAGCAGCAACACCAGCCACAGCCGCAGCCGCCGAUGGCCCCAGAAUUCUACCCAGUCAAUGCUGACAUCAGCCCGACAUGUCUCCCAGUCGAGAGUGUCGAGGGUCCGUCAGCCCUAGACCUGGGAUCUCAAAUCUCACUCCACCAGCCUUUCGACAUGCACCCGCUUCGGUCUAUCCCAGAGACCGACCGCGCCAUGUCGUACAACGCGAGCGCACUCAUGCACUCGUUCAUGGCCGCGACCGCCGGGGCCUCCUACAUGCAGCACAACGCAGCCUCGCUCCCUCCGCAACAAUCAGGAUUUUCGUACGACAACACUGGCCUCCCACGAGACUUUCCGAACGACUUGGCGUUUUCCAUGCCGACUACGCUUCCGAAUGAGCCCGCCCCGUGCAAUGAUCCCCUGAAUGGGUUUUCAGAUUUCUCCGGGUUGGAUUACUCCUCUGCUGAGCUGCAGAACAGUACAGGCACGCUCUCAUCUGAGCCAUCGCCCUUCUCGGGGGCUCAGUCCACGGGCACCACGCACUCAUCAACGGGCCCAAAUGCCUCUUCUGUGGCCUCGCUCGCCUCGGUCUAUUCCGGCUGGACGGACGAGCAAAACUCUGGACCUGACAUAAAGCUAGCCAGUGCCGGCGACGAUGCGUUUGAUGAACCAUACAACAUGCCCCAGGCUUCGGCGUCCGAGCACACAUUACCGUUUUGGGGGCCAAACGGACAAGGCCAGUCAUUCUCACAGGCUGACAUGUACCAACACGCCAAUGCAUCUGCCCAUGCUAUCCUGUCUUCUCCCGGUCAGGCCGAGGAUCGGAAGCUCAGCACAAGCCAUUCAGAUUUCGAUCCCCCGUCUGCUUUCGCUGAUGAUGCCUACUCGCGAAGAAACUCAUCAACGACCAACUUGGCCAAUACCAUUGAGACGAUCCACAUCCAGAACGGACAUACCCCAGACGGCUUCAAGCAGCCAAACCAACCCUCAAGCAUUGCCGCGCGGAGACAUAAGCGCCCAACCGCACUAAACCCUAGCACUCUGAGAAGCUCCUCGUAUACCAACGGCAUGCCCUCGCCAGGCGGUAACAACGACCACACUCUCCGAAGGAUCAGAUCCUCUGGGAUUCCAAGUUCCGCCGGCCGCAUCCAGAAGCCUGCUCCAGGCUCGGCGCAGCGCUCGCCAAUGGCCUUGACCUUUGCAGAGGCCGCAGCGUCUCCGAAGUUCCAAAGAACCUUUUCCGCGUCCAGCACUGCUAUUGUCGGACAGGGUGGAAGUCUUGCCCCUCCUACUCCUUCGACCCCUAACGAGAUGGGGCGCUUUCCUUAUUGGCAAAGCAAUACAGUCAUCAGGAGUCACCCACCUAUGCCCGAACAUAGUAGCCCAGAAAGCCUAAAUGUCCCUUGGUCUGUAGAACCUCAGCCGGCUGGACUGUACUCGUCGAACACUGCGUCGCCGCCAUCCACACCGUUGGACGUUGCCCAAAUUAAUCAAGCUCGCUUUGCUAACGACAACCUGUAUCGGGAUACCCCUCCCCAGUCGGCCCCAGCGACACAACAGUCGUUCCCUCGCUCAUUCAUGCAUCCGCCGCAAAUGAGAGCCGGAUUCCACUCAACCUCAGAUCUCACUAUCGUGCAGCCGAAGCCGUCACACUUCAGGAGGCCCUCCCUACCCGAUGGCGGCCAUCCCCAUUCAGACGUGCCUCAGGUGUCAUACACUGAUAAUUUUGGUGACUUUCAAUUGAAUUAUGACCAGCAAUUCAAGGACAUCAAUCUGAACGGCAUUCACCACAACGUCCCAUUCGCACCACCCGUCACGAUGCCAGAGUUUCUUGUACACGAGUACAACCCUCAAGGCUCCGCUCCUGGUCCGAUUCUUCGAAGAGUCACCGAGCCCCAGCCAAAAUCCUAUAUCUUUGCCAACCAGGGACCCCGGGACUUCAGGUCAUAGACACCUAUUAUUGAGCUCUUCAAGGGCUACGGCGUUAAAGCGCACUAGCUCAUCUUCGUGUUCGGAUUUCAUGGUUUUAGGGAUAUACCCGGUCUCGCACCUCGAGUGGAGAACCCCAACUGCACUAUUCUUUACCUUGCCAGCGCCCUCGGUCCUGCA